CAGCGUAGAUUAGCUAUACCGAGUACAGCGAUAGUAGUAAACCAAAACUUCCACGUCUCUAUACCAGAAGAAAAAAAAAGCUGCGGCAUAUCACAUUUUGUGCUUUUGUCGCUCUAGAGUCUAGACUCUCGACGAAGCCAAUCUUCUGGAAGACACGGCUUCGAACAAGAGCAGGGGCGACACCAUUGCACAGUAAUUGAUCGACCGCAGAGCUAGUUUGUCGUGUUUUCCGUGACUGGCUGGUGUUUGAGCGCGCGCAACUUCUUCGAGUGAAACAUGUUCCGAGUCGUUCCGAUUCUAGUUUUGGCCCUCGUGGCUGCCAGCGUCGAUGCCAAAGUCAAAGUGACGGUAUUCUACGAGCAUCUGUGUCCGGACAGCAUCCGAUGGGUAUCCAACCAGCUGGCACCGAACUACAACGCCUUACGCGAUCAUAUUGAUCUGGAGUUCAUCCCAUUCGGCAAGGCUAGGAGUAUCAACGGUGGAGCGUCUUUCGAGUGCCAACAUGGACCCUUGGAAUGUGAAGGAAACAGGAUCCAGUCGUGUGUCCUGAAUCAACUGCCCGAUCAGGAUCGACAGGUGUCGUACGUUUCCUGCCAGAUGAGCUUCGAAGCUGAUCCUCGGGGAUGGGAGUGCACCUUCCGAUCUGGCGCGGAUCUUGUGUCGACGCAGAACUGCGUCGAAGGUGUCCAGGGAAUACAGUUGCAGUUGGAAGCUGAACGUCGUACCCAGCAGAUUCCGUUGACCUUUGUGCCGAGCUUCGCAUUCAAUGAUCAAUUCGACGCCGAGCUGAACAGUCUGGCGUUCCAAAAUUUCCCGGCCGCUCUGUGUCGCGUCGAUAGUUCCAUUGCUGGAUGCCAAUAGAGAACAAAUUGGAACACCGCCGAUAGGAACUAGCAAAUCUGUACUUAAUGUGAAAGUCUGCUUUUAGGAAACGAUUAGGAUGGUAAAACAAAAACCAAAAAAAAUAACAAAAAAUAUAUUUUAUUGCUUCGAUUAAA